AUGGUUGGUUAUGGUCUGACUAGCUAUUGUUCAGUGUGGACGCUAUCGUUUCCAGGUAUCAUAAAAGCUGCCCUCAGGCAGAAGAGAGACCCACCCAAGAUACGGCAAGGAAUUAACACCAGAUUCAAAACAUGCAACGAGCUUCUAGAGUCAGUAAAAAGAGUUGAUGAACAAGGGAAUGAUGUCACUGUGAGUGACAUGAUAGAGUUAGAGAAGGAACUUAAUGCUGCUCUUAUGCAUACACGUUCUAGAAAGACACAGUUAAUGAUGGAGCGCAUAUCAAGCCUUCAUGAACAGGAAAAGAAAUUAAGCGACGAGAAUAAAGAACUGAAUCGGCAGUUGGCGUCUUCUAGGAAGGGAAAGCACAACUAUCAUAAGCAAGCCCUAAGAGAGAGAGCUUAA